CCGCCCGGCUGCCGCCGCGGGUCGGAAACAGUCCGUGUGUAAACUCGACGUGUCCGGAAAGGUGCGCGCCGCUCCCCGCCUCGCUCCGUGCCCGGCCGCGGGGCGCGCCCGCCGAGAGCGAUGCUGGACCCUUCCUCCAGCGAGGAGGAGUCCGAUGAGCUGCUGGAAGAGGAGCGGCGGGACGUGCUGGUGGCGGCGGGCGGCGGCUCGCCGCGCUCGCUGCCGCAGCCGCCCCGGGACUCGCGGGGCAGGGAGGCCGGGGCGGCACGGGCAGCCAGCCCCAGCCCUUCGGUGCUGAGCGAGGGCCGGGAGGAGCAGGAGCGCCUGCAGCGAGAGGAGCGGGAGAAGCGGCUCCGGCUGCAGCUCUACGUGUUCAUCGCGAGGUGCAUCGCGCACCCCUUCAACGCCAAGCAGCCCACGGACAUGGCCCGCCGGCAGCAGAAGCUGAACAAGCAGCAGCUGCAGGUACUGAAGGAACGUUUCCAGGCCUUUCUGAACGGGGAGACGCAAAUCGUAGCAGAUGAAGCAUUUUGCAACGCUGUGCGGAGCUACUAUGAGGUAUUUCUCAAGAGUGACCGGGUUGCAAGAAUGGUCCACAGUGGAGGAUGUUCUGCAAGUGACUUUAGAGAUGUUUUUAAGAAAAACAUAGAAAAGAGAGUCCGAAGUUUGCCGGAAAUCGAUGGAUUAAGCAAAGAGACAGUGUUAAGUUCUUGGCUAGCCAAAUACGAUGCCAUAUACAGGGGAGAAGAGGACUUGUGCAAACAGCCGAACAGAAUGGCCUUAAGUGCUGUAUCAGAGCUGAUUCUGAGCAAGGAACAGCUUUAUGAAAUGUUUCAGCAGAUUCUAGGGAUCAAAAAAUUGGAACACCAGUUGAUUUAUAAUGCCUGCCAAUUGGAUAAUGGAGAUGAGCAAGCAGCCCAGAUAAGACGUGAACUAGAUGGACGACUGCAACUGGCAGAACAAAUGGCAAGGGAAAGAAAAUUCCCAAAAUUUGUAACAAGGGAAAUGGAGAACAUGUACAUAGAGGAGUUGCGGUCUUCAGUGAAUCUGCUGAUGGCAAAUUUGGAAAGUCUGCCAGUGUCUAAAGGUGGGCCAGAGUUCAAACUGCAGAAGUUAAAGCGAUCACAGAAUUCUGCAUUCUUGGACAUAGGAGAUGAAAAUGAAGUUCAGCUGUCAAAGUCUGAUGUGGUUCUCUCCUUCACAUUAGAGAUUGUUAUAAUGGAAGUACAAGGUUUGAAGUCAGUUGCUCCCAAUCGGAUUGUCUACUGCACCAUGGAAGUGGAAGGGGGUGAAAAGCUCCAGACAGACCAAGCAGAAGCUUCCAGGCCACAAUGGGGAACCCAAGGGGAUUUCACCACUACUCACCCUCGGCCUGUUGUCAAAGUAAAACUCUUUACAGAAAGCACCGGGGUGCUGGCACUUGAAGAUAAAGAACUGGGAAGAGUUGUGUUAUAUCCAACGUCCAAUAGCCCAAAGUCUCCUGAUCUGCACAAAAUGAUAGUUCCCAAAAACAGUCAGGACAGUGACCUGAAAAUUAAACUGGCAGUGAGAAUGGAUAAACCACCUCACAUGAAGCACUGUGGGUAUUUGUAUGCUCUAGGACAGAAGGUUUGGAAGCGGUGGAAAAAACGCUAUUUUGUCCUUGUUCAGGUUAGCCAAUACACAUUUGCAAUGUGCAGUUACAGAGAAAAGAAGUCUGAGCCUCAAGAACUGAUGCAACUGGAAGGAUACACUGUGGAUUACACAGCUCCUCACACAGGUCUUCAGGGUGGUCGGAUGUUUUUCAACGCUGUUAAAGAAGGUGAUACUGUGAUAUUUGCCAGUGACGAUGAGCAGGAUAGAAUACUCUGGGUUCAAGCUAUGUACAGAGCCACAGGUCAGUCCUACAAGCCUGUUCCUGCAAGUCAAGCUCAGAAGAUGAAUCUUAAGGGAGGCAAUGCCAACACAGAUAUAUCCCCACUUUAUACAGACCGUGGCCAGAAACAUGGCAUGGAUGAGUUUAUUUCUGCUAAUCCCUGCAAAUUUGACCAUGCUUCCCUCUUUAGACUGCUUCAGAGACAGACCUUGGAUCACAGAUUGAAUGACUCCUAUUCUUGUUUGGGCUGGUUUAGCCCGGGUCAGGUCUUCGUGUUGGAUGAAUACUGCGCUCGCUACGGGGUGAGAGGCUGCCACCGCCAUCUCUGCUAUCUCGAUGAACUGAUUGAAUAUUCAGAAAAUGGUUCUGUCAUUGAUCCAACCUUGCUCCACUACAGCUUUGCAUUUUGUGCUUCUCAUGUUCAUGGUAACAGGCCAGAUGGAAUUGGAACAGUAUCUGUGGAAGAGAAAGAAAGGUUUGAGGAAAUUAAGGACAGACUUUCCUCCCUUUUGGAAAACCAAAUAAGCCAUUUCAGAUACUGUUUCCCUUUUGGACGUCCUGAAGGAGCUUUAAAAGCCACACUUUCAUUACUUGAAAGGGUUUUAAUGAAAGAUAUUGCCACUCCUAUACCAGCAGAAGAGGUGAAGAAAGUGGUUAGAAAAUGUCUGGAGAAGGCUGCCUUGAUCAAUUACACUCGACUUACAGAAUAUGCCAAAAUAGAAGCAACAGCGGAAAAGGACUCAGAGACGAUGAAUCAAGCAACACCUGCAAGAAAACUGGAAGAGGUUAUUCACCUCGCAGAACUCUGUAUCGAAGUAUUGCAGCAAAAUGAAGAGCAUCAUUCAGAGGCAUUUGCUUGGUGGCCAGAAUUGUUGGCUGAGCAUGCAGAGAAGUUUUUGUCUCUGUAUUCUGUUGACAUGGAUUCUGCACUUGAGGCACAGCCCCAAGACUCCUGGGACAGCUUCCCACUUUUCCAGCUGCUGAAUAAUGCCCUCAGAAAUGACACGCUUUUGUGCAAUGGCAAGUUUCACAAGCACUUGCAAGAAAUUUUUGUUCCCAUGGUCGUCCGCUACAUUGAUCUCAUGGAAUCAUCAAUUGCUCAGUCCAUUCACAGAGGUCUUGAACAAGAGUCAUGGCAACCUGUCAAGAGCAUCACCAACAGUCUUCCUAAUGUAGCUCUUCCAAAAGUUCCAAGUUUGCCUCUUAAUCUUCCACAAAUACCUAGCUUUACUACACCAACCUGGAUGACUUCUUUGUAUGACUCCACCAAUGGAUCAGCUACAUCAGAAGAUCUUUUCUGGAAACUGGAUGCUCUGCAGAUGUUUGUUUUUGAUCUUCACUGGCCGGAACCAGAAUUUGCCCACCAUUUAGAGCAGAGACUUAAACUCAUGGCCACUGACAUGAUAGAAGCCUGCGUUAAAAGAACGAGAAUUGCAUUUGAACUGAAGCUGCAAAAGACAAACAAAUCAACAGACUUGCGUAUACCUUCUUACCUGUGCACAAUGUUUAACGUCUUAGUUGACGCCAAGAAACAGACAGCUAAACUCUGCAUGCUGGAUGGGGGGCAAGAGCAACAAUACCAUUCAAAAAUAGAUGAUUUGAUUGAAGAAACUGUUAAAGAAAUUAUUUCGCUUCUUGUUUCAAAGGUUGUUUCAGUGUUAGAAGGUGUGCUGUCUAAAUUGUCAAGAUAUGAUGAAGGUACUUUCUUCUCAUCAUUAGUUUCAUUCACUAAACCAGGAAUGGAUCUAGCAGACACCUACAUUAUGUUUGUUCGGCAAAACCAGGAUAUUCUUCGAGAAAAGGUCAAUGAGGAAAUGUACAUAGAGAAGUUAUUUGAUCAAUGGUAUAGCAACUCCAUGAAAGUCAUAUGCAUGUGGUUGGCUGACAGAUUAGAUGUUCAGCUUCACAUCUACCAGCUGAAGACUCUCAUCAAGAUAGUGAAGAAAACCUACCGAGACUUCAGGUUGCAAGGCGUGCUGGAGGGGACGCUGAACAGUAAAACCUACGACACCGUGCACAGCCGCCUGACUGUCGAGGAGGCCACAGUCUCAGUCACGGAUGCAGGAGGACUUCAGGGCAUUACAAUGAAAGACAGUGAUGAGGAGGAGGGAUGAUUUUAUUUCACAAAGCAUUCAGAGCUGGGGGGUGAUGGUCUGAGGGUGGGGUUUAUCUUUGCCUUGGGGUUUUUUGGCAACUUGUCCUUGUAAUUGCUUUUAUAGUUUUGCCUUAUGACAUCGGUGCAGAAAUGUAACUUGCUCCAUUAAAAAAAGAAAGUAAGAUUAUCAGAGGAAAAGUGCCAAGGACUUUUUGAGAAUAAUGGUUGUAGCAUAUUUUUAUGUAUAGCUUUGCUUAGGGCUGCAACAACAAUGGCAUGGAGUUUGAGUUCCACUUGUGAUUACAUUUCUUUCCCUUAUGUUUGCUACCAUUUAUUCUUGUAUCUCCAUCUGAUAUUGAUGUCCUGUGCAGAAAAAGAUGUGUGUCUUACUUAAAACAUAACUAUACAGGAAAUCAUCCUUGGAAUGAGUCAAUGCCCUCAGUAAAAAAAAUAGUGUAUUUUCAGGAUUAUAAUUUGUUCACCUUUUUUGUGUUUAAUUUUACAUUAUUAUGUGAUGUGCAUUAAAAAUUUUAAUCUUGCUUCUUUGUAUAUUGAGGUUGGUAUAUAAGCAGAAGAUCUUCAAGGACAGUCAAACACAUACAAACUGCUUAGGAGUGUCGUGUCUAUUCAUUUUGCAAGUUUAAAAAUAUCUCAUCCUGUUGGAUGUCAGUAAGCUUGCCAUCUAUGUUUGUAUUUCUGUGAAAAUUUUCAGGCAAUAAGAACACAUUUUGUUGUGGCCAUUUAUGUAUCUACCCAAGUUUGUAUAGAAUUCUACAAUUAAAAGAUGUUUUCAGUAUUUCAAACAA